AUGAAAGACGAUCCAGAUGACCAGACCUCGGAGGAUGAAGAAGAUUCGACGAGCACAGCCACCGCUUCACCAGAGGGGUCGCUAAUUGCAGACGAGGAAGUUCCAGAAGGAGGAGACUCUGCGGAGAGCCCGUUACCCCAGAGUCCGUCACCUCAAAGUCCGCCACCCCGAAAUCCGCAUGGAGGACGGGAAUCCCCCGACUGGAAACGUCCAGAUAGUACAGACACGCAUGAGGACCCAUCAAGUGACCACGAUGACGCCAUGGCGAUGGAAGGGGAUGGCCCAUUACCGCAGAGCCUGUCACCCCGGCGCCCUAGUGAAGGACGAGAAUCCCCCGGGUGGGAUCCCCCAGAUAACACAGACACGCAUGAGGAGCCAUCCAAUGACAAAGAUGACGCCAAGGAGAUGGAACGUGACAGCCCGCCAUCCCAGAGCCCGAGUGAAGGACAGGAUUCCCCCGAGUGGGAGCCCCCAAAUAGUACAGACACGCAUGAUGACCAAUCAAGUGAUCACAAUGACGCCACAGAAGGAGAAGCGAACAGCGCAGAAGAACUUACUACUCCGCCCAAAAUCGACGACCAAGACCCUGGACACCACUGGGUGCAUGGAAGUGUUACACCGUUAGCGACUGGUGGGCUAGAUCAUGAAAAGCUGCCGUGGGGCAAGAAUACGGUCACGUCGGCCAAGGCUGGCUUGUCAAAGGUUCAAAGUCGUAGACGGGAUUUGAAUGCCCGCUUCAACGUGGACAUGAGAGCCGACGUGAGCCUAGAGAUUCACACUCAAAUACAAGGGGAUGUUGUCCUUGGUACGUUUAACUAGAUUGCCAUGGCGUUCUGGUCAAGCGGGAUACUUCAUACACAUCGGGUGCUAUAAUACAUGGCGGGUC